CCUUUGGCUGUAUUACUUUAGUGUCACCGGCUAACUUUUUAAUUUUCUCAAAUGUCAGGGCUGUCAAAGUCAAGUCAUUUUUUUACUUUGUCUUCUAAAAAUUUGGCGCGCCUACUUACGUACUUUUUUCACUGUAUGUUAAAAACUCAUGAAUACAAAUAAUUUAAAAGUAAUUAUUGAGUUAUCAUUGGCUCCGGUGUGUCGGCGAAGACAUAAUUUGGUGGCCCAUGAGGGGAACCAACGAAAUAGCAAAAUUCAAUCAUCGAAAUUGUCCGUACGGCGUUGUCGAGUUUGGACAUCGAAGUCACAAAAUUUCGCAAGAAGACCUUUAAGUAACAGACCAGAAGCAUCCAAAAACAAUUCCAAGCGGUCAUUGGAGCAGCUAAAGCUUCAAACCAGCAUCGGAUUCCAUGAGCUAAGUGUUCCAGAUUCGUCCCAUAUUCCUCUCAAUAGAACUGUACUUUACCUCCCUAAAUCCAACAAUUAAAAUAUUUCCUGACUUCAAAGUCUAUGUUAUGGAGUAUGGCCAAUACUUGUUUAUACAAUUGUUGUUAUAAGUGUUUUGUAAAUACUAAUUAGUGACAAAACACAAAUAUUUCAAAUAAAACUUGCUUUCUUCAAAAGUAAAUUCCCACAAUAAACAAUAAUUCAUUCAAUUUCUUUAAAACUUAACUAAAUUAACUAGGUAAUUAUGUUCUUGUCCUCUUUCUAUAUAAUAACUAAAGGCAAUAAUAAUACCUAGUUUGGUGGCCCACAUUAAAAAUUAAACUUUGUUGCUUCAUUAUUCGGACUAUUCCGCUGACUAUUCCAGCAGCUCCCGUGUGGUGCCCCUGACAGUGCCCCGAUUGGGUGAGGAGCAUUUGUACGGAUAUAGUAUCAGCGGAGCGAAGAGUGUGAGCUAUUCAUUUUGUUUACUUAUAAAACAUUCUCAUUCUGAUUUACAUUGAAUUUUAGAUAGUCAAAGUUUAUUUAAUAUUUAUAUUCAAAAUGUCUAGUCCUACUAAAUUAGCUAAGCAAUUAAAGGAAUUAAACAUAAAACGCAGUUCAGUUAAAGGCCAAAUAACAAAAUUUAAGAACUUUGUAUCCAAUGUAAGUCAGAACAGAGACUUAACAAGCCUCGAACUGGCAGAAUUAUCUGUCAAACUAAGUAGGUUUGAAGCAUUGUCAUUGCGCUUUGAUGACUUGCAAUCUCAAAUUGAGGUCUUAAAUUCAGAUAAUUUACAAAGCGAAAUUGAUGAACGGGAGAAUAUUGAGCACGAAUUUGUUGUCAAUAUUGCAGCUUCAAAAAAAAUUGUUGACGAUUACAAUAAAAAUUCUCAACAACUUGAUUCAUCUUUUCAUGAAGCGAGUGCUCAUUAUAAUACUGAAUAUGCUGAAACUUGUCAAGUUGGUUUUAAAUUGCCUCAAAUUCAAAUUUCCAAGUUUAACGGUACAUACUUUCAUUGGCUGGAAUUUCAUGAUACCUUUGAAUCUCUUAUCCAUAAGAACAGUCGCAUUCCAGAUAUUCAUAAGUUCCACUAUCUAGUUUCUUACUUAGAAGGUGAGGCAGCUAGAAUAAUAUCCAACUUAGAAAUAUCAUCAGCAAAUUAUUUGGAAGCGUGGAAACUUCUUUGCGACCGCUACAAUAAUAAGCGUUUAUUAACUAAUCAUCAUUUAAAUUCAUUGUUAAAUGUGCAGCCACUUGCGCGUGAAUCUGAGAAGUCACUGCGUUUUCUAGUUGACCAUAUGACAAAAAAUUUACGCGCGUUGUCCAGUUUAGGCCAACCUACCGAUAAGUGGGAUAUGUUGCUCAUUUUCAUGUUUUCAUCCAAAUUAGAUAGCCAAACUCUGACUAAAUGGGAAGAGUACCGUAAUACGCUCGAAGAUAUGCCCAAUUUACAUAAUUUUAAACAAUUCUUAAUAAAUCGUGCUGACGUGUUAGAGGCUAUAAAUAGAAAUAAUUACAGUUAUAACGUUUCAGAUAAAAAAACACCUACUUCAACACGUAAUUCUCACGCACAAAAUACACAAAAUAAAAAUGCUAAGUUUACACCUCACACUAAAUCAUUUGCUACUACUAAUUCGGAACGGACAAGCGUAUUUGUGUGCAUUGUCUGUGGAGAUAACCAUAAAAUUUAUGAUUGUGCAGUAUUUAAGGCCAAGAGUGUUCAAGAAAAGUUUAAUGAUGUUAAAAAAUUCAAAUUAUGCUCUAAUUGCCUACGUCAAGGUCAUCCACUUAAUGAAUGCAGGAUGGGACCGUGCCGUGAAUGUAAGAAACGUCACAAUACACUCCUUCACGAUCCAACAAUGACUGCCAAUAAAGCGCCAAAUAGUAUAGAAUCCAAUAUCACUGUUAACUGCUCCACAGAUAAUGAGCAGCAGGUACUUUUGUCUACAGCUCUCAUAGAAAUCUGUAAUCCAGUAACAAAGGCAACAACAAAGGUUCGUGCACUCCUGGAUUCCGGGAGUCAAUCUUCAUUUAUUUCUUCUUCUCUUAAAAACAAGUUAACGCUAAAUUCAUCCCACCUAGACAAUUUAAGGGUUAUAGGUAUUGGUAAUAGCAAUUGUAAUACCGUAACUGAAUCAUGCAUUAUUCAAAUUAAUGCUUUAAAUACGCCUUUCAGCGUUAAAUUGUCAUGCCUUGUACUAAAUGAAUUAACCAGUGAGAUACCCAAAACUCGUAUUGAUAUAAAAUCAUUAAAAUUACCUUCCUCAAUAAUUCUGGCCGAUCCUACCUUCUAUCAGCCUUCCAAGGUUGAUGUUCUGAUUGGAGCUGACUUAUUUUGGGAUAUAAUAGGGGCAGAACAAAGAAACCUAGGCCCCAAUCUUCCUAAAUUGCAUGAUUCAAAAUUUGGCUGGUUGAUUUCUGGUCCCAUGUAUACUAAAAUUAACAAUAAUUAUUCCAUACAAUGUAAUCACGCAUCUGUUGUACAAAAUGCAGACGAUGAUAUUCAUAAUAUGCUUCUUAUGUUUUGGAGUCUUGAAGAGAUUCCCCAGAAGCCAAAAUUAAGCGAUAAGGAUAAAUAUUGCGAAAAACAUUUUUUACUUAAUACUACACGAUUAGAAAAUGGUAGAUUUCGUGUGAAACUGCCUUUAAUAGAUACACCCGAUUGCUUAGGUGACACUUAUGCAGUUGCUAAAAGGCGUUUUAUUAAUUUAGAGAAAAGAUUUAAACGAAAUCCAGUUCUUAAGGCUGAGUAUUCUAAAUUUAUAAAUGAGUACGAGAUGUUAGGACAUCUCUCUGAAUCUAAAGUCAAGCCAGAUACAUGCUACUUCUUAUGCCAUCAUGCUGUUCUCAAAGAAACUAGUGAAUCAACCAAGUUGAGAGUAGUUUUUGAUGGUUCGGCUCCUUCUUCCUCCGGAUAUUCUCUUAACGACAUAUUACUAUCAGGUCCUAAUAUACAGGACUCUCUUUUUUCCAUAUUGGUUAGAGCUAGGCAAUACAAAUAUCUACUGACAGGAGACAUUGAAAAGAUGUAUCGUCAGGUAGAAGUUACUGAAUCUGAUCGUAACCUACAAUUAAUACUGUGGAGAGAGAGGGAGUCUGAGCCCAUCAAAAUGCUAAAACUAAACACUCUCACUUAUGGCACCGCAAGUGCAAGCUAUUUAAGCACUAGGUGUAUAUAUCAGUUGGGUGAAGAUUGUGAGGAUGACUUAAUUAAAAACAUAAUAAAGUCAGAUUUUUAUGUAGAUGACUUGAUAACUGGCUGUAAUGACGAAAUUCAGUUGCGUUAUAUUCAAAAUAAAAUAUCUACAGUACUUAGUUCUGGAUGUUUCAACUUAAGAAAAUAUAAAAGUAACUUACCUAAUCUAUUUAAUGAUUCCAAUUUAGUAAACACACAGGAAAGCUUGGUGUUUAGCGAGUCUUCUAGUACCCUAGGUUUGGGCUGGAAUCCAGCUAACGAUACUCUGCAUUUUCCAACUAAAGAUAUUCCUCAAAAUACAGUUAUUACAAAAAGAUUAAUUUUAUCUCAAUCUUUCAAAAUUUUCGAUCCCUUAGGUAUCCUCAGUCCAUUCAUUAUUAUACCUAAAAUAAUCCUACAGCAGCUGUGGGUACACAAAUUAGAUUGGGAUCAUCCCGUACCAAAAGACAUCGAAAUGUCUUGGAACAACUUUCAGAGCAAUGUACCUUGUUUGCUUAACCUACACAUACCAAGGCUAAGUCUGAUUGAUGAGGCUGUUGAAAUUGAAAUGCAUUCAUUCAGCGAUGCUUCACAACAUGCAUAUGGUGCAUGUGUUUAUAUGCGAUCAAUAAAUUCUAGUGGUGCAGUUACUGUGAGGUUGCUGUGCGCUAAAUCACGAGUAGCUCCUGUUAAGCCUACGACAAUACCACGUCUCGAGUUGUGUGCCGCUCUUUUGGCCGCUCGAUUGUGCAAUUCGGUGACAGGUGCGCUCAAAUAUUCUCCGGAAAGGAUUGUACACUGGUGUGACUCUAGCAUUGUGUUGGCUUGGAUACGCAAAGAUCCCAACAAAUUAAAAACUUUCGUGGCCAACCGAAUUAUAGAAAUAACUGAACUUACAGUUCCUUCAUCCUGGCGCUACGUCCCGACUAGUCAAAACCCGGCUGACUUAAUCUCUCGCGGUGUCAAUGGGAAUCAGCUGGUAUCUAUGAAUCUUUGGUGGCACGGCCCAGACUUUUUGUCUAAGCCAGAACUAGAUUGGCCCGAACUGAAUAGUAAUAAAAUUGAUGACCUUCCGGAGAUAAAAUCGAAUAUAACAAAUAUUUCUGAACCAAUAAUAAAAUUUGAAAACUUUUCUAAAUUAAAUAAAUUAAUUAGGACAUUUGCGUUCGUAAAGCGAUUCGUUAAUAAUAUUAAACCUUCUCAAAACAAACUUAUAGGUACUUUAUCUUUAGAAGAACUAAAUAGUUCAUUUUACACAUUGUGUGCCUAUGCACAGCGUGAAUCUUUUCAAAUUGAAUAUGAUGCAUUAGUAAAAUGUAAACCAGUACCAGCUAAAUGUAGAAUUUUAUCUCUAUCGCCGUUUCUUGACCCAGAUAAUAAUAUAAUCAGAGUUGGUGGUAGGUUGAAUGAGUCUGAUUAUUCUUACGAGAAAAGGCAUCCUGUUUUACUUCACGCCUCUCAUCACUUAACUAAAUUAUUCUUUGAGCAAAAACAUAUUCACAACAUGCAUGCGGGUCCCCAACUAUUGUUGGCAGUGGUUAGGGAAACAAUGUGGCCUAUAAAUGGCAGGCGCCUUGCUAGGCGUGUUGUCAAUAACUGUGUCCGUUGUAAACGUAUUGCAGGCAAAACUUUAGCUCCUAAAAUGGGGAACCUUCCUGUUCAGAGGAUCACUCCCGAUCAUCCCUUUUUAUCUGUAGGCGUGGAUUAUGCUGGACCAUUUUUAAUUUUGAACCGCCGAGGUCGCGGUAGUCAAUUAAUAAAAUGCUACUUAUGUCUAUUCGUGUGCUUACGAUACAAAUGUGUGCACCUGGAAGCUGUCAGUGACUUAUCGAAAGACGCAUUUCUGAUGACAUUUCGAAGGUUUAUCGCUCGUAGAGGAAAGCCUUUGGAAGUAUUUUCCGAUAACGGUCGGAAUUUUGUUGCUGCGGCUAAAGAAAUUGGUCAAUUUUUAAGACAAAUUUCCGAACCUAUUCUUGACUUUGCAAGUCAAGAAAAUAUUAAAUUCAUAUUUAGCCCCGCCUACGCUCCUCACUUCGGUGGUAUUUUUGAAGCAGGGAUAAAGUCCGCAAAAUAUCAUGUCAAACGUAUACUCGGAAAUAGUCACAUAACAUUUGAAGAAAUAACAACAUUGUUUGCACAAGUUGAAGCCAUACUUAAUAGCCGUCCUUUAUACCCUCUAUCGUCUUCUCCUAAUGACUUUCUUCCAUUAUCUCCUGGGCACUUUCUCAUUGGAAGGCCGUUGGUUUCGCUGCCAUCUCCUAAUCUGCUAAGCUGCAAAGAAAAUACCCUAAGAAGAUACGAACGCCUAGAAAAGCUGCGCCAACACUUUUGGAACAGAUGGCAACAAGAAUAUAUAGUCGAAUUGCAGCAACGAAUCAAAUGGAAGACUAGCGUCGACCAGCUAAAAGUUGGAGAUAUGGUACUGAUUCAAGAGGAGAACGUACCACCAAUGAAUUGGAGACUCGGCAGAGUAACAAAACUAUUUUAUGGAAAAGAUGGAAUCUCCCGAGUAGCGGACGUCAACACCAGCAGAGGAUGCGUACGACGAGCAUUAGUCCGAUUGUGCCCGCUAACGGCACCUGAAGCAGAUGACCAACUUGGUUGAAAGAUUCAACUUUCAACGGGCGGGAAGAUGUUUAGGCCUUUGGCUGUAUUACUUUAGUGUCACCGGCUAACUUUUUAAUUUUCUCAAAUGUCAGGGCUGUCAAAGUCAAGUCAUUUUUUUACUUUGUCUUCUAAAAAUUUGGCGCGCCUACUUACGUACUUUUUUCACUGUAUGUUAAAAACUCAUGAAUACAAAUAAUUUAAAAGUAAUUAUUGAGUUAUCAUUGGCUCCGGUGUG